UAUAGCGAAAACUCCGCUCAUCGGCCGAUACAUGUAAGCUAUAAAAGCGACCACACAGCAUCAGAUAAGAUGGAUGUCUCUGUGUCUCAUUUCUGCCAUACACGACAGAUUACACUCUCACAAUGUCCACCAAGAAUAUUGUCCAUGCUGAGGCUGUCGCCCAGUAUACAGAGUCUCGCCUUGUCCCGGAUACCCCGGCGUUUGCACACGCCUAUACCAACAGCACAGCCCAUGGCAUACCAGAGAUUGCCCUCUCACCCGCCCAGGGAAAGUUCACCUCCAUCCUGGCGAGCAUAUCCGGGGCCAAAAACGUCCUCGAACUAGGUACUCUCGGAGGCUAUUCUGCGCUGUGGUUCGCGCAGGCCAUCAAGGGCAGAGGCGGCAAAGUUACCAGUAUUGAAAUCAACAAACAGCGUCGAGAUGUCGCCAUUGAAAACCUGGAGUACGCGGGAGUCAAAGUGCCCGAGGAGGUUGAGAUUCUUCUUGGUGCCGGACUUGAUGUGUUGCCACGUCUUGCAGAGGAGAUAGACCAGGGCAAGCGCGAAAGAUUUGACUUUACCUUCAUCGACGCCGAUUGGGAUAAUCAGGCUGCGUAUUUUGACUGGGGAGUCAAGCUGUCGAACGGAAAGGGCAGCGUGAUAUAUGUGGACAAUGUUGUUCGGCAAUUAUUGGAGAUUGGCGCCGUGGGCUCAGCAGAAAAGGACUCCACCGUGCAGGAUUUGGUCGAGAUAGUCGCCAAAGACGACAGAGUCGAAGCCACUGUCAUGCAGACUUGUGGGUCAAAGGAUAUGGAUGGAUUUCUUUUGGCGAGAACGAAAUGAUCGAAUGUCAUGCUUUGAGCAUCGUCCGAAGACGCCUUUAGAUAUUGAGCAUGAGUGGGAGACCACGAGCAGAAGGUUCUCCUUUCAUUGUGAUCUCCCGGCACAGAUGACACAAAUCAGCCA